CCCAAGACGGCCCCAUAAGGAGCGUCGAGUCGGCCCCCGUAACCACUUUGGCGUAAGCGCGCUCGGCUCGGGGGCUUCGCCGCGUCUGUCACCGCACGUUUCCAUACGCAGACCAUGAUUGCAUGCACGGUGCUCCUGUCGGUCUUCCUGCAGUCGGGGGGGGAGCUCUUGCCCAGCCCCGACUCCUGCCUCAUCCAGAUCAGCUCGGCGGCCGAGAGCGCCGAGCGGCAGAGGCCCCAGACCACGGCGCCCCCGACGCUGGCGCCGACGCUGGCGCCGACGCCGUCCCCGACGCCGUCCCCGACGCCGUCGCCUGGGGUGUCCUGCGAUUGCCUGAAGGACGCCUGCUUCGAGGCCUACGACCGGGAUUCCGACGAGUGCCUCUCAGCGGGUGAGUGUGCUCUCCAGGCGCCGCUGACGAAUUGCAGCAGCCCGACCUGGGACUUGGACGGGGACGGCUGCGUCAACCUUUCCGUCGAGUGGCCGCUCAUCUUCGACAUGACGAAUGGGAGCGUCUGCCCCGUGGAGGUAAGGCCAGAUGCGCCGGAGUGCGGGGCGGGGUACUACCUCGACGGGAACCCGGUGGCCUGCAUCCAGUGCACUACUGGCGCGACGCGUCGGCGACGCUCGCUCGAAUGCACCGACUGCGAGCCAGGAUAUCUCGAUGCUGGUGACUACGACGACUGCGUCCCUAGUACAAACACUGCGGAAUCUGACGUCCCCGAAAAUUCUUGGAAUUUCCCUGUUAAUGAGCCAGAUGUGCAGCCCGACGAUUGCAUCGACAUCCGCAACGUGUCCGUCGAGACGGAGUGCAACCAGUCCGUCGAGACGGUGUGCGUUGAGAGCGUAACUGGCAAUUUGAUUACCCUCAAGUCGCCAACCCAGAACAGCUACGCGAAGAACUCUGACAUCAUUGUCUCGUGCACGACGAGGGACGGGACGGAGCUCAGCCGCAAGCACAACUCUGACGGAAAGUGCGGGUGCAACUUGGCGACCUGCGACACGACAACGAUGUGUUCCGUCGGCUCCGACAACUGCACAGCCACGUGCAUCCCGACUGGCCCGUACCCGAUCCACCCGACCCCGGCUCCGACCGUGGGUGCCAAGGGCGACCCGCACCUGGUCAACCUGCAGGGCGAGCACUUCGACAUCAACCACGGCGGGGACUUCGUGCUGCUGCGGCUCCCGCAGGACUCCGCAAAGGACGCCGAGCUCCAGCUGUUGGCCACGGUCCAGCCAGAAUUCAAGAAGCCGUGCACCACGUACAUCACACGGGUCGAGCUCUCUGGCUCUUGGCUGGGCAACGUGUCCGUCCAGGUGCGCUCCUACCUCCAGGCCCACCCCAGCCACGAGGGCGCGCACCUGGGGGCCCGCAUCCUGAGCCCUGGGGGCAGAGCGGCACCCUGGCAGAGCAUGGAGGCCUUCCUGGCCGACGGCACCGACCUGGUGCUGUCUGCGCCGUACAGCAACUUCCACGUGUCGCUGUCCAAGAGCCAGUGGUUCCCCAAGAAGGAGACAGUGGCAGGCGCGCCCACUGUGGCCGGGAUGUUUACGCUGAGCGUCCAGCACCGCAAUGCCCCGUCGCCUGCCAAGAUCGUGAUCCGCCAGGACUUGCCCGAGCAGGAGCACCUGAACUUGGCGGUCAAGAGCGUGUCCGCGCUCGGCAGGGUAGACGUGGGCGGCCUUCUCGGCUUCGACGCGCACCCAGCGAGUCUGGAGUACGUCUCGGGCAAGUGCCAGCACCACCGGCUGACGGAGAAGUACAGCGUCGAGAGCCAGGAGGACAACGACUACUACUACAGGCCCUUGUGGAAGCAGCGGUGGCAGGAGGUGAAGCAGAAGCGGAAGCUCGCCGCAGAGGGCGCGGGCGCGCGCGACAACGAGGCGGCUGCCACCCUCAUCGGCAGCAGGGGCUCGAGCUCCAGCCUGGUGUGCAGGUGCCCGACCGCGGGGGGGCCCUGGGCCGAGGGCAUCGUCAUCGAGGAGCCGAGCGCGCUGUUCGCCGAGGCGUCCUGGGACUGAGGCCGCGGGCGAUCCUGGCCGGCCGUCGGGUCUUGCCGAAGCGCUGUGGAGCGUGCAGCACAGAUCGCCGCAGUGGGCUGCUCGAGGAGCUGUGCCGAGGCCGUCGCUUGCAGCGCGUUUGGCGCGCGAGCGGGGCGGGGCGUGGUUGGCGCCCUGGCUCUGCUUGCAUACGCUUGCUAGAUCAGCGCUCGUUUGGAGCGUUGACCGGCGGUUACCAUGCUCGAGGGGAGUAUUUUUGUUGGUCCUUUCGGUUAUCUGAGAGUAUUCUUGGGGAUAGCCAGUGGAGCCAAACAAUUCCCCCCCGAGCACGAUUUUCGGGAGAUCCAGCCCUGUGCCAAGAGGCGUGGGCUUGGAUUUCGAGGGCCUUGCGAAUCUUUUUGCUUCUUUUUGUUGGGUGCUGCCGACUCUCUGAGAGUAUCUUGGGGGAUAGCCCGUAGAGCCAAAAAAUGCCAUCGCCCAGCAUGGUGCUCAGGAAUUGCAGCCCUAUGUCAACAGGCGCGGGAGUGGAGUUUCAAGGGCCUUGUUCGGG